CCCAAACCCACCCGAGGUCGGAUGAGAAUCCACUCCCUGGAGAACGUGGACAAAGCUCUUCAGUUCCUCAAGGAGCAACGAGUCCACCUGGAGAACGUCGGAUCCCACGACAUCGUGGACGGCAACCACCGUCUCACCCUCGGCCUCAUCUGGACCAUCAUCCUUCGCUUCCAGAUCCAGGUCAUCAAGAUCAAGACCGAGGACAACCGGGAGACGCGUUCGGCCAAGGACGCUUUGCUGCUCUGGUGCCAGAUGAAGACCGCGGGCUACCCUGAGGUGAACAUCCAGAACUUCACCACCAGCUGGAGGGAUGGAUUGGCCUUCAACGCUCUCAUCCACCGACACAGACCUGAUCUCAUUGACUUCCACAAGCUGACCAAGUCCAAUGCCACCUACAACCUCCAACAGGCCUUCAACACUGCUGAGCAGCACUUGGGGCUCAGCAAACUUCUGGAUCCUGAAGAUGUCAACAUGGAGGACCCCGAUGAGAAGUCCAUCAUCACCUACGUUGUGUCCUUCUACCACUACUUCUCCAAGAUGAAAGCUCUGGCCGUGGAAGGGAAGAGGAUUGGGAAGGUCCUGGACCAGAUGUUGGAGAUCUCAGCCAUCACGGCAAGAUACGAAGCCUUGGCCACAGAUCUUCUGACCUGGAUCCACCAAACCAUCACCAUCAUCACCAACCAGAAGUUUGCUAACUCCUUACCUGGUGUCCAGCAACAACUUCAGGCCUUCACCACCUUCUGCACCUUGGAGAAACCUGUCAAGUUCCAGGAGAAGGGAAACUUGGAGGUUCUUCUCUUCACCAUCCAGAGUAAACUUCGAGCCACCAACCGCAAGCUCUACAUACCCAGUGAGGGCAAGAGCAUCUCCGACAUCAACAAGGUCCAUGG